UGGCGUCUGCGAGGGACAUGAGAGGGCGUGCUCCUCUAGCUUCCAGGGCCUCCUCUUCUGCGAUCUCAAAUCUCACUGAACAAUUACAGGGCCAGUCAAAACCAAAGAGACAAAACCCCUCAGAAGCGAAAUCAAAGGUAUCACCUGGUCAGAAGAAAUCCACUAAAGCUGAAGCUUUUUCAAGAGGUAAACCCUCGUUAAACCCUCCUCUGCCAAAUCCCCAUUUGUUUCCCACUCCAAACAGCCCCAUUUCACUUAAUAAGCACAAACCCCAAUUUGGGUUGAUUGAUCAUCAGUACCUUUCUGAGAUUCUGUCCAGAAAAGACUGGUUUUUACUGCUAAAUCACGAGCUCAGAGCGAAGAGAAUAGCUUUGAAUCCUCAAGUUGUUGUGAGCGUCCUGCAGAAUCAAGAAAACCCAUUAUACUCUCUAAAUUUUUAUAUCUGGGUUUCGAAUAUCGACCCUUCGUUGGCGAGGAAUCAUUCGAUUUCGGCUGUUUUAGCUAAUACCCUUUAUCGAAAGGGUCCUGUUGUAUUAUCCGUGGAGUUGCUUCAAGAUUUUAGAAGCUCCGGUUUUCGUAUUGGUGAAGACCUUAUCAGCAUUUUGAUUGGCAGUUGGGGAAGAUUAGGUUUGGCUAAGUAUUGUGUUGAAAUUUUUGGGCAGAUUUCAUUUUUGGGUCUUAGUCCGAGCACCAGGUUGUAUAAUGCUGUCAUUAAUGCAUUAGUGAAAUCUAAUGCCCUUGAUUUGGCAUACUUGAAGUUCCAACAGAUGUCUGCGGAUAAUUGCAAACCUGAUAGAUUUACAUAUAAUUUCCUCAUUCAUGGAGUUUGCAAGAUCGGCGUGGUCGAUGAGGCGCUUCGGUUAGUCAAACAGAUGAAAUGCUCAGGAUAUUCACCAAAUGUGUUUACUUAUACCAUUCUAAUUGAUGGAUUUUGCAAUGCGAAGAGGGUAGAUGAAGCUUUUAGUGUUUUAGAGAUGAUGAAAGAUAAAAAUGUGAUUCCAAGUGAAGCUACAUUUAGAUCGUUGGUUCAUGGGAUCUUUCGUUGUACAGCCCCAUUCAAAGCAUUUGAAUUGUUAUCAAAAUAUGUGGAAAGGGGGUCCCUUUUGCCUAAACCAGCUUGUGAUACUAUAUUGUUUUGCUUGGCAAAUAAUUCUAUGGCGAGAGAGGCGGCCAUGUUUUUGAGGAAAACUUGGGAAAAGGGUUAUUUUCCUGAUAGUUCAACAUUUAACAUAACAAUGACGUGCUUGAUAAAAGGAUUGGAUCUAAGGGAGACGUGUAAGAUAUUAGAUACUGCUAUUAAGCAAGGUUUGAAGCCAGCUUUUAAUACCUAUAUCAUCCUCAUUGAAGCUUUGUACAGAGCAGGAAGACAUGAAGAAGGGAAUUACUAUUUAAAUAUUAUUUCCCAGAAUGGAUUUUUAUCGAAUACUUUUUCAUAUAACAUGGUAAUUGAUUGCUUUUGCAAAGCCAAAAUGAUGGACAGAGCAUCAGAGGCUUUCUGGGGUAUGCUGCAAAGAGGUAUUGCUCCUAACCUCGUUACUUUUAAUACCCUUAUAAGUGGUUAUUGCAAAGAUGGACUGUUAGGUAAGGUGCGAGAACUAUUACAGAUGCUCUUGGAGCAUGGAUUGAAACCUGAUAUCUUCACCUUCAGUUCAACAAUUGAUGGUCUUUGUCGGGUGCACCAUAUUGAGGAUGCUUUUGGUUGUUUCAAUGAAAUGGUAGAGUGGGGUGUCAAACCCAAUGCCGUCACUUACAAUAUCUUAAUCCGGUCGUUGUGUGUUGUUGGGGAUGUUGCAAAAUCAAUGAAACUUUUAAGAAGGAUGCAAGCUGAUGGAAUAAGCCCAGAUCUGUACUCUUUCAAUGCUGUUAUCCAAAGCUACUGUAAAAUGAAUAAGGUUGAAAAAGCACAAAAGCUCUUUAUUUCCAUGUUGGCGCUGGAUUUGAAUCCUGACAAUUAUACAUAUAAUGCUUUUAUCAAGGCAUUGUGUGAAUCGGGGAGAGUUGAUGAAGCCAAAGAGAUUUUCCUGUCUAUGGAAGUGAACGGAUGUGUUCCUGAUUCUUAUACAUGUAAUUCAAUAAUAAAUGCUUUAGUCCAAUCCGGCCUCCCAAAAGAAGCCCAGGAUUUGUUAAGGAAAUGUGAAGGAAGAGGGUUUUUUUAAAUUCGAUCUCUUGUUUGUAGAAUAGGCUGUGGUCACAUUGCCGUCAGUAGUUCAUGAACUCAAACUUGGUUUUUUGGAACUCUUGGCUUUGAAGACAGACGCUGCCGUUAAGCACUGGGCUGCUGUUUAACCUACUCAAUUUAGGAAUCAAGUAGGUCACAGGUGUGUAGUAUAACUUGCCAUACGUCUUCCAUUUAUUUCCUCACUGUUCUCACAACAUGAAACAUGUCCAAUGCUCGCAAAGGCUUUCUAUAAGUUGAUGUUGGAUUUUUUUUCCUCUCUUCUUGUCAACCCUUUUGCCUUUGGUGAAUGAACUGAGAUUUUGCAUUGUUGUUCA